ACAGAGGAAGUGAUGAUGUGAUAAUCAGAGGGGUACCUGCCUGACAGCCUCCUGUCUUUCAGGGCAUUUCCACUCAGACGGUCUAGAACUGAAGAGUUAAAUCAUGAUGUCUGAUUCCCGGGUUUCCUCUGUCAUCCAGGAGUGGGUGAACUCCUAUCCGGGUCAGAAUCUGAGUCCCGUCUCCUCCAGUCAAGUCCAGUCAAGCGCCCAGAUGUCUCAGAUGGACAUGCUGUCAUAUGGCCAGUCUCAGGGGAUUAUAAGGAGGGGUGUUGAGGACAGAGUGGUCGAGCAGAUGAUGGGACUGCCGUACAUGUCCUACACCACUUCCUGUCCCAGCAGCACCUCUAACUCUGUCAGUUCCAACCACCACCAGAGCCCCGUCAGCCCUCAGCAGGACUUCUCCUCCUUCCUGCUGCCCACCCUCCGAGCCCCGGUGACCAAGAGGAUCAUCAGCAAAGAUAGCGCAGAGUACCGGCUGAGGCGUGAGAGGAACAACAUCGCUGUGAGGAAGAGCCGGGACAAGGCCCGCAGGAGGAUCCUGCUGACCCAGCAGAGGGCCCUGCAGCUGCAGGAGGAAAACCAGAAGCUGCAGAUGAAGAUAGGACAGCUCACCCAGGAGCUGGACACGCUGAAACACAUCCUGUCCCAGCGGCACCUGCAGGGAGCCCAGGAGGGAGCAGGACAGGAGUCCAGGAUCUGACAAACUCAUUCAUGUCCACGAGCAGACGUCAGGACUCAGACAAUUCAAUUCAAUUCAAAAAUACUUUAUUAAUUCCAGAGGGAAAUUGAUUAACACCUUCUCACUAACAUCUGUGACUGAGGAAAUGGAAACAUCUGCUAGUAAAGAAGAGUUUUUGAUAUUUUGCAACGAUUAGAACAAAAAGCAGAACCAUCGUUGUCUGAGCUACCUCCGAUCUCCACCACCACCUUGCUGUUUUCUUACAUUUUAGCUAACGGUGGGCGUCUGCCAUCCGUUUACAAUGUGGCCAUAUUGUUGCUGUUUCAGUUUGUGCUCCUCAAAGCCUCAGUGAUGAAGAUGCGCAUUUAAAUAAAACCGUUUCCCCCAAACCAACACGCUCUGGAAACUAAUAACAGGCAUUUGUGGAUCUCACCACCUGAUGUGUCACCUCUUAGCAGCUACUGCUAACUAGCUCAGCUCUCACCCUGCUGAAAAACCAGCUCAUGUUGUUUUAGAUGCUGGUCCAGAAUGAGAAGCUUGUCUAGCAUGCAUGUGCAGAAUCCAAUUAACAGCAUCCCAUGCUGGACUAGCAUAGCAGCAUCCAAAACGCAACACACGCUGGUUUCUUCAGCAGGGUAGCUCGCUUUAAAACGCUCACACAUUUUCUCACGUUCUCUUUUUCUUCUACUUCUGUCUGAACACACAACAGCUUAGCUUCUCGAAGAGCCUUCUGUGGGUUUUAUUUAAUCACGUCGCAUGCUAACUGCUAGCUAAGUAGAGCGUGAGUGUGCAGCUUCAGCCCUGACUCAUGAAUGAAUUCCUUGAGAAGAGCUAAACAUUUGGGAACAAGCUGUGAGCAUCAUUAUUUUUGUUAUCAAGGCAUGAAGGCUCGUUUACAGAAGCUGAGAAAGGCCACAUCAGCAUUUCUGUUUUAAAGCGACUCUUUCAAGAUUACAGGUAGAAUUUUCUGUUGUCUUCAGAUAACCAAGCUACAUUUUAUCUUGUUGAGAAAUCAAGCCUUGUUUGGUGGAGAUAAGCUGAUUAUGUCGUGAUACAAGCUGUUUCAUCACCAGAUUAUCUAUAACCAUCUUUAAGCCUCGAUGUGACCAUUUCUGCAUCAUUCAGUUCCCUGAAUCUGGAGAUCCACUCGCUUAAUUUAAGCGCAAGUUUCUGUUUCUUUGCUGUCACAAGAUGAUUAAAUUAAAAUAAAUUUGACCCAUUUCAGCUUCCAUACUCGUUGUAAAACUCGUCCCAGUCUGUUCUGAACGGCCGUACUUUGUCAAGGUGAGAAAGACGAGAAGGUUCUGUUCAGUGAGAAGUAGCAGAAAUCCUUUUGAUUUGAUUAGCUACAGAAUCAGCUAGCUGACAUCUUGUUGUCUUGGCCCGAGCUGUUGUUGCUCAACGCUUACACAACGACCUCUGUGGUUUGUAGUGGAGGCAAUAAAACCUGAGUGUUAUUUAGAUCCUUAUCUGGGCUGCAUCUUUAAAUCAAACUACAGGAGGGCUAGGAUUGAUACAGAUUCUGUUGAUGGAUAAUGUAUUAGAAAUGAGGCCACAGGAAACACAAGACGGACACCCCAGAACCAAUGAGUGUUCUGCAACAGACCCUUUUGCAUCACCGCGCUCAUCGAUUCCCCCUCUGCAUCCUUCAUCAAGGUGCAAGCCUGCCGCACCAUUUCCCAGAAGCCCUCUAGCCACAGAAACGGACGUCAUGCCAUGGACGGUUGUGCACCAGCGGUUUCCCUUUGUGGGACAGGCAAGAUUUCGACACGGCGGAGGAUGGAGAUGAGGAGCACAGAGAUAAUAUCAGUGCUUGGGGCUGCCAGGGCCUUCCUGUGGCUGUGAUGGUGAUGAAGGGACACAGAGAUAGGAGACACAGGGGAGGUGGGGCUUUUUUUUUUUUUAAAUAUUUAGUAUAAUCUAAAGUGAAAAGAAUUGAAAUCAGCAUGAAAUGACCUGAUUAUAAAUAUUUCUACCUCUAAUAAGAUGGAAACUACGGCCUUUCCAGUCUAAAAACACGUCCCUGUGAGCUUUUGGAGGAGAAUGGAAGUGUAACACAGGCCCUUAAAGGUUACUUCUUGUGUGACCGUGUCUGUUGAAAUGUCCCACAGCGUUGUGUGGGGCAAUCUGCAGCCCUAGGACUGCAACAACUCCGCAGAGUGAAGAAAGCACGUAUUUCACCGAAUCCCUACCGAGUUACCCAACAGCAGCAGACCAUAUGACCCCCACCACAACCCCACGGAUGAAGCACCAGAGCUGCUUCUGCAUUAAAGAUGAGCUUUUUGCUGUUGUUGUGAUCUUUAUUUACAUGUUUUAGAAUGAAUUUGUUAAUUGUUUGCAUCAUUUAGAUUAAAAAAAAUCCAAAUUAAUCAAUGAAAAUUGUUUUUAUUUUCUUUUGUGUUGAAUUCAUUUUCAAGAAAUUUUCAUUUCAGUAGCGUUCUUUCCAUCUGUUUUAUUACUCUAGAGAAACACACUUUAAUCUUUCAUGAGAAACUUCCUCUUAUUGUAACACACACGGUCAUCUCUCAGGGGUAAAAUCGAUUUUUCUAGUAAAAAAAAAAACAACCUAAAACCCAGGAAAAUCAAAAUAAAAUGACUUUAUAUCAUUUAUGUUUUUAAUAGAAAUACAGUGUGAACGCUUAGACGGUUUGAAUAUUCCCUGUCCAGUGCAUGG